UGCGACCUACACCACCGCGCAAGGCAACGCCUGGGUCCUUAACCCACUGAGCAAGGCCAGGGAUCGAACCCUCAACCUCGUGGUUCCGGGUCGGCCGCGUUUCCUCUGUGCCACAAUGAGAACCCCUGCUAUAAAGAUUUGAUCCUGUAAACUCGCCCUUUGGAGUCUACCCUGAAAAUACACUUGAAGAGAAGCACUAAACUCCAAGACCUCGGGAUGAUGGGCCUGCGGGUGAUACACUGGAGGCAGAGGCCCGCUCAGACUGGAAGGAGCAAAGAAGAGGUCCGAGCACCGCCCUCUCCUCCCCCCAGACUCAAAAUGGCCACGCCCCUCUCGCUCGCCUCUUUAAAAAAGGCGCGGGAGGGCCUUGCGCAGGCGCAGUGCAGCGUGCUCCUGAGCUGCGCACGCGCGGUGAGCGGAGGAUGGCGGCGUUGAUUCCUUUUGAGGUUCACAGCAGUGACAAAACCUUGCUUGUGUGGGAGCUGAGCUCUGGACCCACGGCCGAGGACUUGCAACAUUCUCUGCUGACAGUCUUCUCCCAGUUUGGCCUUGUGUAUUCGGUGCGAGUGUUCCCAAACGCUGUGGUGGCCGGUCCCGGGUUCUAUGCCAUCGUCAGGUUUUAUUCAGCAAGGGAUGCCCACAGAGCCCAGAAGGCAUGCGACGGGAAGCAGCUUUUCCAGAACUCUCCAGUGAAGGUUCGCCUUGGCACCAGACGUAAGGCAGUUCAAGAAAACGCCCUUGCCCUAAACAGCUCCAAAUGCCAACAGGUGGCAAAUUACUACUGGUUUAAUGGAUGGUCAAAGAGGAUUAUCAAGCUUCAGGAUCUUUCCGACCUUGAAGAAAGGGAAAAUGAAGAUAUUGUGGCACCAGUUGAGAAGCACAGCCUGAAGUUCUUCUGUGCUUUAGAGGUGGUGUUGCCAUCCUAUGAGUGCAGAAGUACUGGAGUUGGCAUGGCUGAGGAACCUGUGGAUAAGCUAGAGGAAGGGCCCUUAUCCCUCCUUCUGAAAAGGAAGAGAACCCAGAAGCUUGCUCUUCAGAAGGCUAUGACAGAUGCGUUCCAGAAACUGCUGAUUGUGGUUUUAGAAAGUGGUAAAAUAGCUGUGGUGUAUAGACCCUGUGAAGAGUCACAGAUGCUAGAACCGAAGAGGAACUUCAGGAUUUAAUUCAAGUAUGUGGAGACAAAAACUCAAGGGGUACAGAGCCAGUGUAGCCAUAAUUGAGAACAACCAGCAGGAUUGGAAGACUCUGGCAUGAUGACUCAGCUCUGUCAUCCCUAGGAAAGCAUGAAACUCUGAAACUGCUUUUGAGGCAGGAGGAAGUUUGUGGGGCUUUUCCUGAAGUCCUGAGCCUUGGCUCUGACCCCUUAUUUGAAAUUUGGAGAGUGGGACUGAGGGCCUGGAGAGGCCUUCUGCAGUCGGGGACACAGGAAAGUCACAGGCCUUUUAGAACUGCCGCAAACAGAAUCCUAGGGAUUUGAGAACAGAGGAACUAUGGCCUUCAGUGGGGUUAUGCUGCAGGGUUUGAAAAGUAUUAAUGCCUUUCAAAUAAGGUGUACUACGUGGAUCUUAGUAACUUCUGUGUAUCGUGUGUGAAAUAUUUUGCUGAAGAACGUUUCUGAGAGCCAGUUAUGGAUGCCCUAAAGUAGAGCUUAAAUUGUCAAUGUUGUCAAUUGUCAAUGUCUAAAAGAAAACAUUAAUGUAUUA